GUUUGAAGGUGUGCAUGUGGGAGAGGUUGAGGGGGUGUGUCUGGGUGAGAGGUUGAGAGGGGGGUGACAGUAUAUCUCAGAGUGGGGGUGAGAGGGUUAGAGAGGGAUCAUGAGUGUGAGGGAAAGAGAAGGGUUGAGAGGGUUGGAUAGGGAGGGCGAGUAUGCAGGAAAGAGGGAGUGAGAGGGUGGGCGAGUGUGAGGGAAAGAGAGGGGGUGACAGUGUACAUGUGAGAGGGAUUGAAAGGGGAGAGGGAGCUAAAGAGAAGGGGUGAGGAAGAGGGCGUGACCAAGGCAGAGACACAAAUUUAGAAUGUGAGAGAAAGGGAGAGUGUGUGUGGGAGACAUUGAGAAGAGAUGGUGAAUGUCUGUGUGUGUGAGAGAGAGAGAGAGAGAGUGUGUGAUAAGUUAACAAGAGGGAGAUGGGGGGGAUCUUGUGAUUGAAGGAGAGAAAGAUCUUGAGUGAGGGAGAAGGAGAGAGGUAUCAUGAGUGAGGGUGGAGGGAGAGGUAUUGUGAGUGGGGGAGAAGGGGAGGAUGAGUGUGUGUAUACUUGUGUGAGAGAGAGAGAGGGUUCAAUGAGAGCAAGUGAAAAAGUGAGACUGAUGGGAUAAGGCUGAGUGAGAGAGAAAGGAUGAAUAAGCAUAUCUGUAUAUUUAACGGUAUGUUUAUUUACGAGUGAGCACUUUGGCUGAAGAGCUUGAAUGAGGAGUCACUGUCUGAGGAUAGCUUUUUGGAACUGACAAGGAGAAUGGUCUUCAUUCAGCAGAUUGUGACUCUUUGUUAUUCUGUUCCCUGUGCAGCUGACCCUCUGUUGUUCAGUAGAUUUAGUGCUACUAGUUUACUCAAUGAAUCCAGUUGCUGUGGCAAUAUUCACUUUUACAUGCAUGUUCUUGUCUGGAGCUAUGGUUAGUGAUGGUAGAGGCUUCAAUUUCUUUCUACCAAGUGGCUGACCAGGAAUCUCUUCCACUCUUACUACCUGCCAUUGGCAUGCAUUGGGAGGAUUUACAAGAUAAAAUAAAAGAAGGGUCUGCUGCCGAGAAUGUUGAUUUUGGCGAUCUUGAAGGUGACCAGAUAGAUGAAAGUGAUGUUCGAGAGGAUGAAACAACAGUUACAGCUGAAGAAGAAGAACGACCUGCACAGGAGGAGGAGGAGGACAUCAAUAAGGAACCAAACAAAACAAAAUUAGAAAGAAUCCUUUCAGAUGACUUCUUCUAUGACUAUGAAGAGAUAUACUCAAAAGCAAUCAUCACCCCAGACUCAGAAAUCCCAGAGGAUCUGCUCACCUUUAUAUAUUCUUUUGGUUAUGACUGCACUCGGCGUGUGAACAUUCAACUCAUAGAUGAGCAAACUAUAAUAUUUGUAGCUGGUAAUCUGGUAAUCUUAAUGGAUAUUAAGACCAAGGAACAAAAGCACCUUCGGAGCAGCAGUGGAGGAGGCAUUGGCAUUGUGAUGGUUCAUCCAAGCGGAAGCUAUUUUGCUGUAGGUGAGAAGGGAAACAUGCCCAAAAUUAUAGUCUAUGAAUAUCCUUCGCUGAAGCCAUACAGAAUCAUGCGAGGGGGAACUACGGAAGCUUAUGCUUUUAUCGACUUUAAUUCAACGGGUACUCUGCUGGCCAGUGUAGGGGGCAAUCCCGAUUAUAUGCUCACCAUCUGGAAUUGGAAGCAGGAAAAAAUAGUGCUGCGCUCAAAAGCAUUUUCACAGGAUGUUUAUCGGGUCACUUUCUCACCAGAAAAUGACGAACAAUUGACCACCUCCGGCACAGGACACAUCAAGUUUUGGAAGAAGGUGGAGACCUUUACUGGGUUGAAACUGCAAGGUGAACUUGGCAGGUUUGGCAAGACUGCGCUGACAGACAUUGAAGGUUAUGUAGAGUUGCCAGAUGGAAAGGUUGUGUCUGGCUGUGAAUGGGGUAAUAUGUUGUUGUGGGAUGGAGGUCUUAUCAAACUGGAACUAAGCAGAAGGGAUGGCAAGCCAUGUCACCAAGGACCUAUAAAUCAAUUUGUACUGGAUGAAGGAGAACUUAUUACGAUUGGUGCUGAUGGGUAUGUGCGGGUCUGGGAUUUUGAGACCAUUGACACAGCGGAGUCUUAUGAUGAGGAUUCUGUAAUAGAGAUGGAACCAAUGAAUGAAUUGCACGUUGGCAGGCAUGUUAACCUCCGGUUCAUGGUGAAGUUCAAAGACUCAAACUUUAUUUGGUGUGCCCAGGAUGCCAAUGGCAAAAUCUGGAAACUUGACCUCUCCUUUUCAAAUAUUACCCAAGACCCUGAGUAUCUGUUUUCUUUCCAUUCUGGGCCAAUCCAGGCCAUGGACCUUUCACCACUCACCUAUCUGAUGGCAACAACAGCACUUGACCGCACGGUACGCAUCUAUGACUUUGUGAGAAAAAAAUCAAUGGCCACUGUGAAAUACAGUCAAGGAGGAACUGCACUAACCUGGGCACCUCUUGUGCUGUACCCAAAGGGAAACAUGAUCACUGUAGGGUUUGAAGAUGGUGUCAUCAGAAUCUUGGAAAUCUAUAACCCAAAAAGCCUUGCGCAUGUUGCUGGCCGAUCAAAAGUUGGUGAGAUUGAAUUUCGACUAAAACAGGCCUUGAAGCCACACUCAGCGGCUGUCACUGCUAUUGCUUAUGAAUAUAGUGGACAAAUGCUUGCAACGGGAAGCACAGACAACACAGUGUUUUUCUUUCUAACUGGGAAUAAAUAUACACCAGUGGGAUUCAUCAAGGUACCAGGACCAGUUGUGAGCUUGGAGUGGUCUCCGCCUAGCCAUGAGAAAACUAAGUUACUCAUAUUUUGUGAAAAUGGUUACGUGGUUCAAGCUGCAUAUCCAGAAUUUAAGGAACUAGAUACAACAUUAACAUUUGAAAUUCCCCUUCUGAAGCAGUGUUUUCAUUUCAAGAGCAUCAGGUCGAGCAUUGAGAGAAAUGCAGAAAUUGAGCGGAGGCGGAAGAUAAAGGAUCAAAAAGAGAAAGAAAAACAAGAAAGGCUCAAAGAAAAGAAGAAAAUGGCAGAAGAGAAUCCAGAAUUGGCUGCUGAGCAAGAGGAAGAGGAGGAGCAGGAGGAGGAAGAAGAGGAGGAAGAGGAGCAACUCCCAGUGAUCUAUAUUCCUCCUGAACCAAAUGCCGUAUUAUGUGGUUUCUACUCAAAUCCAGGGUGUUUCUGGUUAUCUGUGGCUGGUUAUGAUUCCGGAUAUCUUUACCAUUGUGAGUUCUCAGAUGAAGAGAGAAUUAAUGAGGAUGAUGUCAUUAAUAAGGAAGAACCAUUUGCUUUCUUGGCCAUUGAAGAUGCAAGUGAAAAUUCAAUCAGACAAAUGAUUUUCAAUUCAGAAAGAAGCCUUCUAUUUUGUGGGAUGGAAAAUGGAGCUAUUCGUAUCUAUCCUGUCUCGUUCAAUGAUUAUGAUCUGAAAUCCAUGCAAAUAUUCUGGAGCCUGAAUGCUCAUGACAAUGACUAUGGGCACAUCAAACAAAUCUGCAUUAGUUAUGAUGAUCAGUUUUUGGUGACAUGCGGAGCUGAUGGCAACAUCUUUGCCUUCAGUAUACUUCCUGAGGAGGACAUUGCUGAGUUGCUGAGAGGAAAACAAGCACAGGUGCCAUCUCCCAGGAAAGAUCUUGCAAUGGAGAAAAUAGCAGAUGAUAUUGAUGAUCCAAAUGCCUACAGCCUUGAAAAUGCUAAAAAGAAAGCAGAGUUGGAUCAGAUUAUGAAGCUGGCAGAGGAAAAGAAAGCAAAGAAAAGAUUGGAGCUGCGCGACCUGAGAGAUGAGUUUAGAGAACUUCAAAUAAAAAAUGCGGAACUACCUGAGCAUGUCCAGCUCAACAAAGAGGAUUUUGAGCUGGAUCGCCAGAUUCGAGAAGAGGUUGAAAAACAAAUUGCUGAUCAGAUUGAGUUAGUUUAUAAAGAAAUGGCAUGGGAACGGGAGAAGUACCACAUUGGCCUUCAAAAACUUCAAGCCAGAUUUCGAAAUGCAGUGGAGUUUGACUUGAUCGUUGUACAUUGCUUUGAAAGCGAUCACAAAGUAUCGACUUAUCGGGUAACAUCUUUGUCUGAAAAGUAUCACCAGUUGAAGACUGAUAUGAUGAGGAGGAGCUUGGUACAGGUUGACCAAAAAAGCAAAGAGAACCUUUUUAAGGAAAGCAAAGCAACAGGCAUCGAUAAAGAAGAGACUGCAGAACAGGACCUGGAUGUCCAUCUGUUGAAAGGUACACAACAUCCACAAGUAAAGAUGACUGCUGGAAUGCGGCAAGUUGAAAGAAUGAUAAACAAUUCAGAGAAAGCAAAAAUGAAAAUUGACCAGAGGAAAAACGAAUGGAAACAACUUUACGCAAACAGACCUGAUGAUAAUUAUGAAGAUCCAAAUGAUGUGGCAGCGAUUAAAGAAGCUCAGGAGAAUAUGGGGGAUUUCAAGUUAAAGACCGCUCCUGACUACACCGUGCCAGAACACUUGCGUAUUAAUGCAGAAAAGAAAAGGAACCAGCUCGUUCGGCUCGAAGAGUCGAUUCACGAACUCAAAGUUGCAAUGAGCGAGAAGGUGGUCUAUCUUCGUGACACAAAAGUCAAUAUUAUUAAAGAAAUCACCAGCCUUACUGAGGAGUUGCGGUUGAUACAGACCAAACUUGAUCCUUCACAACAUCUUCCCAUUCCCGCUGUACCGAGUCUGUACCCUGAUGAAAUGCCUGAGAAGAAGUUCCAAUAUGACCAGGAAAAACUACUGGAAUUCAGGGAAAGAAACAGUUCCAGCUCAAAACACAGGACGAUAUCUGAACAGCUUGGUGAAGGAACAAAAUUACCUGAAACUUCAAAUGCAUCUGAAACCAGCACAAGCCAACAACCAGAACAAAAUAUUGCCUCAACCAUUGGCAGUUUUGUAAUCGAACCAUCACUGCUGGAGGUCGAAAUCAAAAUCAUUGAAGAGAAGACCAAUCUCUAUUUGCAAACUGCAGUGCUGCAGAAGAUCGAUGAUUUGAUAAAGAACUUUGAUGCAGAGGUUCGGGUUGUUUCCCACCAGAAGUGCAAGCUGGACAUCUCCAUGAAAAUGGCUGAUCUACGGCAAGUUACACUUUUUGAAGAGGUUCUUUUGUUGAAAGAGUUUGAAAAGAGUGAAGACAUUUUGCAGGAACGUGUCAAUCAACGCAUUACUGAGCGCCUCGAAACACAAAUUAAAUCAGAGGAAUGUUUGCAGCAGUUAGAGGCCAAGAAACGUGACUUAGCCAAACUGCAAGAGAAGGAGAAAGCCCUUCAUACCACCUUCCUGAUAUCCCUGGGUGAAAACAACAAACAUGCUGAUUUUCUGACCAAAGUCUUCAAGAAGAAAAUCAAACGUAAAAAAAAGAAUGAAGCAAAAGUUACAUCAGAGUCAGAUGAAGAGAGUGAUGAAGAAUCAGAUGACGAAUUUGGCUACAGUGAUGAGGAUGAAUCAGAUUCUGAUGAUGGUGGGGUGGACGACUCUGCUUGUCCAGAGACUUGUGACCCAGCAUUAUUUGAAAACACCCUUCAACUUCGAGAAAAACGACUGGAUAUUGAGGAAGCCUUGGCUGAAGAGAAAAAAACAGUGGAAUUAAUAAAGAAAGAAUAUGACAUGAUUGCUAAAAAGGUAAAAAUUAUUGAAGGAACUGUAAAGUCUGCAAAGAAAGAUCUCGAAGUAUUGCAACGUGAGAAACAACAGAAACUUAAUGAACUGUAUGUUGUCGUUCCUCUGAAACUCCAUCAGGUGGAGUACAUUGUCAAUGGAGACAUGCCAAAUGAUCUUGUACUCGGAUUGAUUUUCACCAAUCCAGCCUUAAAUUUGCUGCAGAAGCGAAUCAAAGAACUCCAGGUGGAGAAGGACGAGCAGCGAGAAUUGUUUAAACAAGCGAGGCAGAAACAUGUCCAGCUUCUGCGGGACAAAGCAGAGAUGGAAGCUGAAAUAGCAGAGUUAGAAGAGAAGUGUUAUCAAGAAAUGAUCCGGAAAUUUGGUCGUGUGGUUGAUCUGGAAGCAUUGCAAACACUGUCAGUGAACAUGACCCUAGAAGAACUGAAAGAGAAGAUAAAUGUCAAUGACAUUCAAUUCCAAAGAAGAAUUAGACAAAAAGAUGAGAAAAUAGCAGAAUUGCAAGCUGAGCUCACAGAUUUCACCAGGCAAUACACAUGCAGACUGGAUCAGAUGAAUAUGCUGACAUCGGAAAAGAGGAGAAUUGAAACACAGUUAAAUAACCAACAGAAGAAAAUGGGUGCUGAGAUUCAGAAGCAAAAGGCAACAUUGGAAGAGAGGCAGGACUUGAUGAAAAUUGUGGAACAACAAGCAAAAGAAAUUAACAAACUGAAAGAUGAAAUUGGGACACUAAUCCGGAAAGGAGGUCACAUCCUCCCUCCCUCACAACCACCUUUAGCACAGUGAAGCUCUUAGCUUAUAUACAUAAUGUAUCUUUUUUUCUUGCGUUUGUUUUAAAUUUUUGUUUUCCUUGUACUUGUAUAUGAUUUCAGAUUGGUUUGACAAUA